UGGGUUUAGCUAAUGUGGCUUACGGUGAUUUCCAUCACAUGUAGUAAGCUAGCGUUAACAUUAGCCACAAAGGCCGAGACGUAAACUUUACCCCAGCGCCAGCUUGUAAAUCUGGCACUGUUAAAAGCUACGCGUUAAAAUCUGGAUUGCAUACGAGCCAUCUCAAACCUGGCCAGCUUUAGAAUUGCUAAACAUUAAGUUAGCACCUUGUCAGUUUUGUCAUGAGUCAGCUAGUCGUUAACGGUAGUUGACUAAUGGCAUUACCUGAUAUGUAGCUGCUAAGGAGGCGCUAAUUUAGAUGCUACUAUUUUUCUCGUGCUAAUCGUUAACCUGCUUCAACUAAUGUAUUUAGCUGGAGCUAGUAUGGAUGUUGAGGACUGCAAUGGCCGGUCUUACAUAUCAGGUAGUGGAGAUUCAUCAAUUGAAAGGGACUUUUCUGGGGCCCUUGGAGGUCCAACAGUGAGCACUCCCAACAGCAAGGAGGCCUCUCCUAGUCGCUCUCUUAGUGGUCAGUUGGAAAAUAAAUCUAACUCCAUAAAGGUGGAAUUGUACAGUGAUGAAGACAUUGGUCGUGGUGCUGAAGAAGAAAGAGGGGAACGGCAAGAGGAAGGAGCACCAGAACAGGGAUCUGAAGGUGUUGGGAGCUACAGGGAACUCACCAAUUCUGAAACCAUGCCAGCUGGAGCCACCAGACUGCCAAAUGGAAAGCUCAAGUGUGACAUCUGUGGAAUGAUCUGCAUUGGGCCCAAUGUUCUCAUGGUACACAAACGCAGCCAUACAGGCGAGCGACCAUUCCAAUGUAAUCAGUGUGGCGCCUCCUUCACUCAAAAGGGUAACUUGCUCCGCCACAUCAAGCUGCACUCAGGGGAGAAACCUUUUAAAUGUCCUUUCUGCAGCUAUGCCUGUCGAAGAAGAGAUGCCCUUACGGGCCAUCUUCGCACUCAUGCAGUGUCCUCUUCAACUGUAGGAAAGCCAUACAAGUGCAGUUAUUGUGGUCGUAGUUACAAACAGCAGAGCACCCUGGAGGAGCACCGUGAGCGCUGCCACAGUUACUUACAGAGUCUGGAAUCCCAGCAGCCACCUAGUGCACAGAAUCCAGGAGAGGAGAUGAGAGAGUUAGAGUUUAUUCCAGACUCUCUACUGAUACCCUCCUCAGACAAGAUGGCACUUAUUGAUCGGCUGGCCAAUAGCAUCACCAAACGCAAGCGAUCCACACCACAAAAAUUUGUAGGACAGAAGCACAUACGUCUCAAUCUUGGAGAUGGACCUUAUGAGCUCAGUGCUGGCAUGGAUAAAGGUGGAGAGAUUCAUGCAGGGGAGCCUGAAGCACCACACUUUACUGGUCUGGCAGGAGAAUACACAGGUAUAGCAGGUAGUGGAGGAGGGCUGUCAGACACCCUGAGACCUCUACACCUUCCCACCACUCAUCCUUCAUGUUUGUCAGAACUGAGACCAGUCCACAGCUCCUCCCAUACCACCAUCCCUCUAGGCCCAAGGAUGGAUUGUACAGGAACAGGAGGUAGUCUGGGACCUGUGGGUGUAGGGGGAAGGGAAGCUGCAGAGGGUCAUGAAGACCUGCCUUCUGCUCAAAGUCAAGUCCCCUCACCCAGCAAUGGUUGCCAGGACUCUACAGAUACAGAAAGUAUGCCAGAUGACCCAUGCAACAGUACAGCUCCAACCCUGCACAGUAACAAUGGUCACUAUCUCCUCCACUCCAACAACCACAACCCAGCACCUCCUUCUAUUGCACAUCACAGAAGUCGAGACAGACACAGUCCCAGCCACGCCAAAGACAGGGAGGCGGACAGAGAGGAUGGAGGCCACUCAGCCCCCCCACCACCUGCUCUCGCUCCAACUUCUAGUUCACCUACAGCACCGUCCUCCACCUCCAGGGAGGCCUUUCGAGUUGUAGACGGAGAGGGGCGUGCUGUGCGCUCUUUUCGGUGUGAGCACUGCCGUGUGCUUUUUCUGGACCAUGUCAUGUUUACCAUCCACAUGGGCUGCCAUGGUUUUCGCCAGCCUUUUGAGUGUAACAUCUGUGGCCACCGCUGCCAAGAUCGUUAUGAAUUUUCUUCACACAUCGUCCGUGGAGAGCACAUCCUUGACUGAGUAUGAAGUGUGGACAAACCGCUUCAUUUGUUUUUACAUUAAAACAUCGACCUAGCUGGGUUUGGUCUGCACUUGAGCUAAAGGGUAAAUUGAUGAAACUAAAACAGGAACUGGAGCAGUAGGAAUGUACCAGGAUUAAUAGAGGCUCAUAACAUGCACUUUGAACACCUCAUCUCUGUCAAUUGCACUUUUAUUUGGAUGUAUACUAAAGUAGAUAAGGAGCAGUGCACCUUUCCAUUUGCAGAUGUGCCUUGCUCAGAAAUUCAGGAUUCAAACCUGUUGCUAAAAUUGUUAAAUAAAUCAGAUUUUUGUUCAUAUCAAAAUAAUUAUGACUUGUGCACUUUAAGAGAAAUAUACAAAGAUAAAUGUGAAGUUAAUGGGCUUGCCUACAGUGGACGUAGUGGACUCGUAGUGGGGCUUCCCUCUAAAAGCACUUUUACAGCCACAUGAUUCUCUAACAAAUGUUAUAUUCUGUAAAGGUUUUCCAGUUUGUCUUCAAUUCUGUAAAAUAAAUCAGUAAAAUAUGAAGUGCAGACCAAACUUUAAAUCCAGAUCUAGGUUAAAUAGAUAUGUUUGAGAGGUUGUCUACAAUUAGAAAUGCACUUUUAUUUUUAACUGGACCGGGGUUGAUUAAUCUGAAUGUGUGUAGGUUUGAUUGAUGAAAUCUAUAUAUAUCUAUAUGUAGAUAUAGAUAGAAUUAAUGAGAGAGAUGUGAAAGACCCUGUGUUUUUGGAAGUAAUUUGAAUAAGUGAACAAUGAAGGCCUUUAUCUGUGUGAAUGCUGUGAGCGCAGUGUGUGAAUAUGUUUGUUUUCCUUUUCUAAUUUUGAUUGCUUUUGUUGCACGAGUACCUGCCAGAAUACUAUGAAUAUAUUAAACUAUUUUAUAGAAUACACAAAUGACCUGCACAUUUGUCAAAUGUGAGGAAUUUUUUUUUCUCAGUAUCACUGCCACAAUUUAGAGCAAAUGUCCUCAACAUUUUCCUUUUUUGACUACAUCAAACUGCAAACCAACACUAAUCUAUUUAUGAUAUAUAGGCGUUUUCUUGUUGGUAUGUGCCUUUUUUUUGCCCUAGUCACACUGGGUUGAUAGACGUGCGUUAAUACUUCUCAUGUCUUGAAACAAACGUGGUCGGUGUGGUGGUGCACUGGUUAGCGCGCUUGUACAUAUGUGGCCCUGUGAUGGACUGGUGACCUGUCCAGGGUGAACCCUGCCUCCCGCCCGAUUGUAAGCUGGGAUUGGCUCCAGGAUGCCCACGACCCUUACGAGGAAUGAGCGGCCGUGAGUGAGUGAGUGAGUGAGUGAGUGAGUGAGUGAGUGAGUGAGUGAGUGAGUGAGUGGUUGCAAUGUGUAGGGUCAGUUUUGAAUUAUAUGUUAAGACCUCCACAGUUAUCAUAUAUUGACUCAGUUACCAGCUGGCAACCUUUUAAUCCCAGAAUGUGUAGGGUUCAUUUUUUAAUGAAGUAUUGCAGAAGUACCAAAACUAAUGAAUAAAAGGCUGAAUGUGCAUAGAAUUUGACAUGAAGGAGAGCAGUGGUAGUUUAUUGUGUCCUCACAGGUUAAAUACCAAAAAGGGGUUUUAGCACCGUGUUGUUGAAAUAUUUUGAGACCACAGCCACUAGUAGUAACAGUAGAGGGAACAUGGUGUUUCUUUAGCUUUUUGGGCUCUGGAGUACUAACCUUGAUACUGGUCGAUCAGUGUAAAUGGCACUACACAAUAGAAUUAAUUACGAUUGAAGACCGCACCCCAAAUGGUGGGCCCAAAAGGUUUUAAAAGCAGUUUUCUCGACAAUGGUCUCUUACACCUAGUCAGGAGAAAUGUCAGUCAACUCUCAGCUAAUGAUUCUGGUCAUGUUUAAGCAGUGAAGAUAGUUAGAGAAAACUGGUGCAUUGAUAUCAAAUCAGUUGAGAUUAAGAUGUUCCCCAACUUCACAAGAAUUCAUAUUUUGAUAUUUGAUUAAAUCGUUUUAGCUUUAUUAAUGCUCUUCUUUUUGUGCAAAAUUCACUGAACCAUUCAUCUUUUGUUUUAGUGAUGUGAAAGAUUCAGUUUUUAGUUAUGUCAUGUGCUGCUCAAUCCUGUAUGGAUUUUCAGAGAACUUAAGUAAUGGUGUAAAUGUGCAGAAACGUUGAAAUAUUGUUUAUAUGAAGAUGAAUAAAACAUACUUGGUUUAUACAUUGUUUUUACACUAGAUUAACGUGAGUAUGGUUCUGUAGCACCAAAUAAUGGUUCCCUCAUGACAGAACCUGACACAACAACUUCCCAGUGUUAACCACUUUACCCUAUUAAGGUCAAAAUGAAAAAAACUGAAGUAUUUAUUCAUAUAGUAUAAAUUUAAAAGAAGUUAUUAAGUACAUCUCUUUAUUUCUGUCAUUAGAACCUGAAGUAGCUGAUCAUAUUGUCUGGUUUCCUCUUGCUGAACAUAUUUAACACCCAUUUAAUUUAAGGAUGGAUUUUUUUUUUACCUUAAGUCACUUUUAUGUUACCUCAUAUUUCAGAUCUAAUUUAUUGGAUAGAUGGUUAAAAUAUUGACUCUGGUUACUAAUGUAUAAUUACAAAAACGUUCCUUUUUUGCAGAAAUUAAUCGAUCACCAGUAUCAAAGUACAUAAGCCUAGAUAGAUGGUUACAUGUUUGGUUACAAAGUGUUUGUUCAAAUGAAUGAUCUGUCUUGCCUUAAUCAGAGCACAGACUGUUAGCUGUUUUGUAAAUCUGUGAUGUAGUUUAAUUUUAAUGUCAAGCCUUUAACACCAGUUUGUUGUUUGUGUGAACAAAGCGAUGCUUUGACAAAUGAUUUACAUCUUAAAUCCUACCAUACUCUUUACUUUCUAAUGUUGGAAACACAAUUUAUCUUCAAAAAAUUUCUGAUUACACGUUUGAUUUUGCUAUUGUGCCUUCAGCCAGUCAUACAUAUUUUCUGAACAGCGAAAAUAGUCAUUUUUUACCCCCAAAGUAAUGCAAAUUACAAAAACUUAUAACUCACAUUCUGUGACCCUGGCCAGAACCUGUAAUGUUGACAGCUAGGACCCAAAGAUAACCUGGUUUUGACCUUUAGUGAUUAAUACUGUAGAUCAAGUGUAAUGUCAUGUUUAGUUUAACCAUAAGUAAAGAUAUGUUGCUUCUUUAUUCCUCUGCAGCACUGGCCAGUUACGUGCUGCUACACCUUGUGCAUGUAGUACUAGUGAUGUUUGCUCAAUCCACCCCCUUGUUACAUUAGUUUCAAGUUCUAAUUUAAACUAUAACUAUAGUUUCUAGCUGUGGGUUAUGUUUAGAUAUUUUCCUGUUGACUUUCCAACUCCUGUAAAAGGGCCGAUACUGCUUUAAACUAAAUGCAGCCUUUUAACUAUCAUAUGUAAUUAUGCAUUUACAUAAUUUGCUUGGAACUACUGUACGGUUUAUAUUGUAAACAUCUAUUCCAAAUAAAACACUUUACAGGUGUGUCUUUCA